AUGGCUGGCAAUAAGAAAAAGAAGAAGCCAGCUGCUAACCCCGCACGAGGCUUCGCGACCACUUCAAUUGCAGCGAAACCACGACCUGAAGCGACCGAGCCGGAACCAGCAGCGCCAGCUGGCGCCCCGCCCGAUAAAAAAGAUGCCCCUCCAUCGACCGUUGAAGCAGUCAAUGCGGACGGCGACGACACAACGGAAAAUCCACUGAGUGCCGAAGAGUUCGAGAAGCAGCUUGAGGAAUCCGAGCUACAGCUCUUGGUGGAAAGACUAGCCCAAAAAUGCAAACGCGAUGCAGCUCGGCAGCGCAACCGACUGGAAACGGAUCGGAGGCUGCUUCGAGGUCAAGCAGAGUCUGUCAACAGCAUAAAAUGGUUUAAUACCGAGAUCAUGGACCAUGUUCAGGAUCUCAUUUCCGGCGAAACUCGAUUCUCUGUUUCUAGCUUGUCAACAGAAAGCCAUGGUGCUGGCAAGAUGCCCUCGGAAGAGGACAUGGUUACCCGCCUGUGGACGCUGCAGCUCACGUUGCAAUCUGCCGGUUUCCAAGAAAACCGAGUCCGUUCGGCUAUAAAACAUAUUCUCGAUAUAACACCAAGUAUAUCUGCCCCUGGCAAAGAUUUAAUCUGGGGACUGGAAGAGUCCCUUGACUGGCUAGCGCGCGAAUGCGACGUGGGUGAAUUGCCGGCUUAUGAAAACAAGCCGAAGCCGACUUCCAAAGGGGAGACACCCAGCGACAGCCCAGUCCCUUCAAGAUCCGCAACGCCAAAACCGAAUCGUCGAACCGCUGGUAAGGGCACUGAUGGACGAGACCGGAAGAUGCAAUCGCCCAUUAAAAAAACUGUUGCCACGUGCGAUAGUGAUAUCGAACCUGAUGAGUUGAUACCCGAAUACGUUGCCACCAAAGCAAAACUGUUAGCUCUCUCCAGAAAUCCAACAGCUGACUCCGACGACAACGCGAUUAUGGUUGCGAAACAUGAGGGCAAAAUUCACAUGAUCGAAAACGACGUACUGUUUGAUAGGCCCACCGCUGAAAUACAAUGGCGGGCAAAGAAAAUUGUUAUGGAACAGCAGUUGGCGGCUACAAGAAAACAAAUGGAAGCGGACAAUGAAGCUAUAGUGCCUAUGGAAUCCUUGAACUUAGAUGUUCCCAGAAAAGAUGACGUAUACGAUGAGGCUGAUCGUAUUGCUGCCGAAAUCCUUGCGCAAAAUGAGGAACUAGACGACCUUGGAGGUUUGUUCGACUCUCUGCCACAGAAUGAGGUAGACCCCACCACAGGAAAGUCGCAGACCGUCAUUAACGCCGCCAAUGGUUCAAGAUUAAUACUCAAGGAUUUUGGCAAGUGGACAGGAAUAGGACCUCGUCGCAUCUUGGAGGAAGCCUGUAGAUCCAGAGACGCUACCGUCAAGAUACAGUACAAGUUCGUAUCUGAAGCUUCAUUCGCAAGCCAGCAAGCAUUAGACAUCUGGUGGAAUAAAGCGCAAGAACUGCCCCAACAUGUGCUCACAACAGAUGUAUCGAUAGACCUGUCAUCAACCCAGUUCUCUUUUACAAUGACAGGAGUCGCUACUCCUGAUGCCAAGCAAUCCGAGGCAUACAUUGCUACUGUGGCUUUAUUUCACAUAUUCAGCGCCAAUGCGAGAGAAGAAAAGGUCAAUCUACGACUACCGCCAACUUGGAAAGAUCUCUGGUCGGAGCUCGCGGAAGCCAAGAAAGAUCAUGCAGAUGCUGCAGAUCGAACCGUGGUGAAAGAAUUACGAAGCUUGGUACGAGAAAGACUAGACCAGGAGUUGGAAGACGGCGUCAUCAUACAAGGUGCUUUCCGAGGACGUGGAAAUGCCAAGCAGCAGUCUGAAGCGACCGAAGGAAACGGCCAUCGUACCAAACAUGCCAAUGGCAAUGCUGAGCUGUUGCGAAAGAUCUGGGCUGAUAAAUCUGGCACGUCCAAAUACCAAUCCAUGUUGGCGUCUCGUAUGCAACUCCCUAUGUGGAAUUUCAAAUCCCAGGUUCUACAGGCUGUCGCAACUAACCAAGUUGUCAUUGUAUGCGGCGAAACUGGAUGCGGCAAGAGUACACAAGUCCCGUCAUUCGUCCUCGAGAGUGAACUAUCCAACGGAAGGCAUUGCAAAAUUUAUUGCACGGAACCACGUCGUAUUUCCGCUAUCUCACUUGCACGACGUGUUAGUGAAGAGCUGGGUGAGAAUCGCAACGACAUAGGGACGAAUCGCUCGUUGAUUGGCUAUUCGAUACGACUCGAGGCCAAUGUUUCAAAAGAAACCAGACUGGUAUACGCAACUAUUGGUAUUGUCAUGCGCAUGCUGGAAGGCUCAAAUGACUUGAAAGAGGUGACACACCUGGUUCUGGACGAAGUCCAUGAACGCUCGAUUGACAGCGACUUUCUUUUGAUUGUUCUAAAGCGCCUGAUGGUCAAAAGAAAGGACCUCAAGGUGGUUCUUAUGUCUGCCACUGUAGAUGCAGAUCGCUUUUCUGCAUACUUAGGCGGCGCUCCCAUCCUUAAUGUCCCUGGCCGAACGUUUCCUGUCGAAGUCCGCUAUCUCGAGGAUGCCAUUGAGCUUACUGGCUACACACCUCCGAACUCGGCUGGCGACAAGAUGGUAGAUUUGGAUGACGAUGUUGGCGAGGCCGAUUCAGAUGCCCCGAAGAGUGAGAUAUCUCAAUCCCUCACAGCAUAUUCCCCCAAGACGCGCAGCACCCUUUCCCAGCUGGACGAGUACCAAAUUGAGUUUGAUCUCAUUGUGCGGCUGAUCGCUCGUGUCGCUACGGACGAAAACUUGCAAGUCUACAGCAACGCCAUUCUUGUUUUCCUCCCUGGCAUCGCUGAAAUUCGAACUUUGAAUGAUAUGCUUCUCGGCGAUCCAAGAUUUGCCAAAGAAUGGCUUGUGUAUCCUUUGCACUCUACCAUUGCAACAGAUGACCAAGAGUCUGCAUUCUUGAUACCUCCUCCUGGCAUGCGAAAGAUCGUGCUGGCAACGAAUAUCGCUGAAACCGGUAUCACAAUUCCAGAUGUCACAUGUGUGAUUGAUACCGCCAAUGCAAAGCAACGGCGCGGUCGAGCCGGCCGUGUUCAAAAAGGCAUAUGCUUUCACAUGUAUACUCAAUUCAGGCAUAAUAGUCUCAUGAGCGAUCAGCAAACUCCAGAAAUGCUUCGUCUGUCGCUUCAGGACCUGGCAAUUCGAGUCAAAAUUUGCAAGAUCGGUGGAAUUGAGGAUACACUAGGAGAUGCACUGGAUCCUCCUUCCGCGAAAAACAUCCGCCGUGCAAUCGACGCUUUGAUAGACGUGCGAGCGCUAACUCCGGGCGAAGAUUUGACACCGCUGGGGCAUCAACUCGCACGUCUCCCGCUGGAUGUCUUCCUCGGAAAAUUGAUCCUUUUCGGUACAGUUUUCAAAUGCCUAGACGUGGCCCUCACGGUGGCUGCCAUCCUCUCAUCCAAAUCCCCAUUUUCUGCACCAUUCGGACAGCGCGCGCAAGCAGACAAUGCACGUGCAGCAUUCCGAAGAGCUGACUCGGACCUUCUCACGGUCUACAAUGCUUACUUGGGAUGGAAAAAGACAUGCCAGUCAAAUAGCGGUAUUGGAAAGGAGAUGCAGUUCUGCCGCAAGAAUUUCCUGAGCCAGCAGACUCUUUCAAAUAUUGAAGAUUUGAAAGGCCAACUCUUGGUGUCCCUCGCAGACUCUGGAUUUCUUCCCCUCACCGAAGAGGAGCGCAAAGCCCUUUCACGGCAGCGCUUCCCUGGGGGGCGUGGCCGCCGGCAGCAGCAUUUUUUCGAGAUCCCUGGUCGAGUGAAUAUGCACAGCGACAAUGACGUGGUUUCCGCUUCAGUAGUCGCUUGGAGCUUUUACCCCAAGCUCUUGGUGCGAGACACACCUGGUAUGAAGGGUAUGCGAAACAUUGGCAAUAAUCAGUCAAUCAGCAUACAUCCCUCGUCGGUAAACCGCGGGCAUUUUGACAUCAAGUGGCUCUCAUACUACCACAUCAUGCAAUCCAAAUCAGUCUAUCGAGCUCACGAGACCACGGCAGCAGAUCCCUUUGCUAUUGCUCUCCUCUGCGGAGAUGUUCGAAUCGAUAUGUUCGCUGGCGUCAUUGUACUGGACGGGAACAGAGGACGCUUUGCAGUCCCAGAUUGGAAGACAAUGCUCGCUAUCAAAGUCAUCCGCACGAGAUUGCGAGAGCUUCUCACGCGGUCCUUCAAGCAGCCGGGCAAACUCCCCACUGCUCAACACGAGAAAUGGCUUGACGUUUGGCAACGGUUGUUUACACAAGACUUUAACCAGGAAAAGUCUAUUGGAGUACUGUCAAAAGCAUAG